ACCCCAUUAACUAACAAAAAAACAAAAACAAGGCGGCGCAACACAUUAGAAAAAUGCAACCAGAGACCUCAGAUCAGAUGCUCUAUUCGUUUCUCGCCGGUAACGAAAUGGGCGGCGGUGGGUACUGCGUCUCCGGCGACUACAUGACCACUAUGCAGAGCUUAUGCGGGUCUUCCUCGUCGACUUCAUCGUAUUACCCACUUGCGAUCUCCGGCAUCGGAGAAACCAUGGCUCAAGACAGAGCUAUUGCUGCUUUGAGGAACCACAAAGAAGCUGAGAGAAGAAGAAGAGAGAGGAUCAAUUCCCACCUCAACAAGCUCCGUAACGUACUCUCUUGUAAUUCUAAGACCGAUAAAGCCACACUGCUAGCCAAAGUGGUUCAACGAGUCAAAGAACUUAAACAGCAAACCCUAGAGAUCUCCGACUCCGAUCAAACACUAUUACCAUCAGAGACCGACGAGAUUAGCGUUCUACAUUUUGGAGACUAUUCAAACGACGGUCAUAUAAUCUUCAAAGCCUCUCUAUGUUGCGACGAUAGGUCUGAUCUCUUGCCGGACCUCAUGGAGAUACUUAAAUCUCUUAACAUGAAGACUCUCCGAGCCGAGAUGGUAACUCUUGGUGGUCGGACAAGGAGUGUUCUUGUCGUAGCUGCAGACAAAGAGAUGCACGGCGUCGAGUCCGUGCAUUUCCUGCAAAACGCUCUUAAGUCGCUGCUUGAGCGGUCAAGCAAGUCGUUGAUGGAACGUAGUUCAGGUGGUGGUGGUGGAGGAGAACGGUCCAAACGGCGUCGUGCGCUGGAUCACAUCAUAAUGGUGUGAAAUGAUGAGAUUUGAGUACACUAAAAAGUCUAUAAUUGAUUAAUAUAUAUAUAGGGUAUGAUCAUAAUUAACUUGGUUAUAAUUACCAAAACCUUUUUUUAUUCCUCUUUAUAUAUAUAUGUUGUUUUGUUUUAGUUACUAAGUCGUGGGAGUGUAAGCAAAUGUUGUAAGUAGGUUUGGUGUGUUCUUUUUCUUUUCUUUUUCAAGAAAAAGAAAAGGAUAUAUAUAUAGAUAAUAUUUUCAUGUUA